GUGAAAUUGAUGCACAUAGAGAUGCAAAGAAAAUGGCGCCUAUGUAAACGUUAAUAGAACAACCUUGAUCAACAGGAAUUUUAUAUCGGUACAAUCGAAUUAUCCUUGGAUACUCCAUCUUGAAAAUAAUGAUUUUUUGUAAAAAAGACUUCAAUCACUAGGAAUCUACACACAGGGGAACUGGCCAUGGUUGUGACGUCUAACGUAACAGUUUUUAUUGUCGUGCUGUGCUUUGCUGGAUACGUUGCCCAAGAUGCAAAGAAGAAACGAAAGGAUGUGAUAAAAUGCUAUGAUUGUGAUGGUUUAACUGGACUACUUUCCCCCUGCUACAACAAGAAGAGGUGUGAUAAAUCUGAAUAUUUUUGUGGUAUAACUUAUCAGUUCACCCCGUCUGAAGGCAUACGGGUGAAACAAGGAUGUUCUAGUAAAUCAAAAUGCCCAUCUGUACUGGACGAAAUAGCAUGUCAAGGAGUACCAAAGGCACAGUGUAAACUAUGUUGCGACAAAAACCUGUGCAAUAAGCCUGAUCUAGAUAUAGGUAUAACAACUCCGGUGCAGCCGUCCACCCCUGUGCCAAACACAACACCCGCACCGACGACUACCCAAAGAUUCAAAAGUACAUUCGCUCCCGUAUCACAAUGUGCGGUGGUACUUCAGGUACCGACAACAGACUUGAUAGGACAUUUAUAUGAGGCGUGGUAUACUUAUUAUAGCAUGGCGGUGGCGUUUAACCAGUGGUACGUUGCACUGCCCGCAGCGUCUAAAUAUUUUGCCGUAUCAAGUUUCGUCGGGAAGAUGAACGACAUCAUUAAACUACGGACUAUACAAAAUAUGUACAACAUCCCUCAAAAAUAUCCACGAAUAAAACCACCGAAUCUCCAAUGGGGCAGCUUACUGGAAGCUCUUGAAACGGCGUUAAGAAUCGAAUUAGGCGUUGCUGAUUCAUAUCAAAUCCUUGCGCAAGCCUCCGAAGCUUGCGCUGCUGCAACGGUGUCGCAGAGUGUCCAGGAAAAUCUCUCCGUCUCGAAUACGGUUAUCAAAGAACUCGCUGGCCUGAUCACGUCUCUAGCCCGUGUAGGCGGUCCAAGAGGGGACUAUUUGCUCGAUCGAGUAGUGUUAAAUCAUCCGAACUUCACACAGGUGUAUGCUGCAACGGCACCUAAGACUCAAUUUCUUACCUCGCUGGGGAACAAGGAGGCGCUUGUGUGGUUACCAAAGCAAGCGAUUUCAAUGAUUCAACCUGGCUAUAGUUAUUGAAUCCAAUUUUUUGUUAAUGUACCAGUGAAACUAUAAAUAAAAAAAUAAAAUAAAAAUUAAACCAC